AUGCCUAAACUCCUACAAGGCAUUGUCACUGUCAUCGAUGUUUUCUACCAAUAUGCUACCCAGAAUGAGGAAUGUGACAUGUUGAGCAAGGCAGAGCUGAAAGAACUUUUGGAAAAUGAAUUUCGUCAAAUUCUGAAGAAUCCAGAUGAUCCAGAUACUGUAGAUAUCAUCAUGCAAAAUCUGGAUCGAGAUCAUAAUAAACAAGUGGAUUUUACUGAGUAUCUUCUGAUGAUAUUCAAGCUGUCUCGGGCUUGUAAUAAAAUUGUUGGCAAAGACUACUGCCAAGCUUCAGGGUCAAAGCAGAAAGAGCACAGUCACCAGCACCAAGAGGAACAGAGUGAAACAGAAGAGGAAGGAAACAGACAAAAAUCCUCUUCCACGUAUUCAAGUUCAAGUGCAGGAGAGAAUAGCUCCUUUUCCAGAGGCUCCAGAGGAAGCAUUAAACGUAAGUCUAGGUCUAUCUCCAGAUAUGGUUCAGGAUCCAGCCAUUCUUCUAGGCAAAAACAGUAUGAAUUGAAUUCAUACGGUCAUUCAUGGAAUAGUGAAAAUCAAACACCUGGAUCAAGACAAUCUAGUCAGAAAUACCAUGAGUGCACCUCAGGGAUUUAUGAACAGUAUGGGUCAGGGUCAGGUCAGUCAUCAAGUUAUGGACAGUAUGGAUCUUCAACUGUUAUGACCAACAGAGUUCAGGCUCAGAGCAAUCGUCAAGUUACAAUCAAUAUGGAUCUGGAUCAAGUCAAUAUUCUAGACACAGGCCAUAUCGAUCAAGUUCAAGAGAGUCAUCUGGUUUUGGUCAACAGGAAUCUUGCUCAGGUCAGUCUUCUGGUUUUAGUCAGCAUGGAUCUGGCUUAG